AUGAUGAUGACGUGCCGUCUGCUGUGCGCCCUGUUGGUGCUCGCCCUGUGCUGCUGCUCAUCCAAUGCAUCGGACACUGAGCUGGCGGAACAAGAUUCUUCCCAGAAGACCACGAAAACGACUGCAACACAGGCAGCAACCCUGACGCUCAGUCAACCAGGUCCGAAAGGUGAGGAGUCCGGUGGGGAGAAGGGAAAUACUGCCGUACUUGGAGAUGGAGGAGUUACGACCGUUCCUGGACCACAAUUAAAUGUGAAGCCCAAUGUGUUAGCGACAGAAGUUAAGAACGGUAUGACAGAGACAAAAAGUGACACGAGUACAGCCGUAGAGAAAGCAGGUCAGAACGCCGAAGCUUCUGCCAAGACGACCACGACAACCACCACUGCGCCAGAGGCACCAAGUACUACUACGUCUACAGAGACGCCAACCACCACGACGACCCGCGCACCGUCACGUCUUCGCGAAAUCGACGGCAGCCUCAGCAGCUCUGCGUGGGUGUGUGCCCCGCUGCUGCUCGCCGUAUCCGCGCUGGCGUACACCGCUGUGGGCUGA